AUGGGAACCGAUGAGUACAAGAAAGGCGUGGCAAGUGUGAAGUAUAUAAAUAGAGAAGAGGACAGACUAAACAACUGCGACCAGGACAGCACGGAGAAUACUGCCCUGCUCACCACGGUCCAACAAACAGACGACACAGGAUCAAAUGGCAAUGGGAAGACACAGAUCCAUUCUUCAGAGAGCCAGCAAGAGUUCUUCAGGAUGCUGGAUGAGAAGAUAGAAAAGGGGCAGGACUACUGCUCAGAGGAAGAGGAUAUGACAUAGCACUGAGGUCCACCAUCUGCUCACCUGAGAGGAAGGAUUUGUCCAAUGGCAUGGACAGGCCUGUACCACAUAACCCUUACCCAUCGGCCCUCUUCCCUUUAGACCAUUUCGAAGAUGGAGGGGGAGACACAUUGACCCAAACCAAGCACCUUUGCCCGGCCCUGUGUCUAUAUCUACAACCCUGGCUCCCCGUAACAGAUCUACGAGUCCAAUGCGACAAUGUUUUACCCCCAAAGGAGCAAUGUUACAAGACAUGGCCAGGACUACUUUCAGCACCAGGACUAUUAUACUGAACGGCUCUCCAAGUCUGUCGCCAUGGUAACCAUGGACAAUAAGUACAGCAGCCGCUCGGCUCUGUGACUGUGGUCCAUUAAAAGACAACGGAGGUCGAGUCAUUUUGAACCCAUGGAUUGACUGAGAUCAUGGUUAUUCGUAAUGGCUUAAAGGAACAUUUGUCAUUCCUCAUCUGAUUGGAUGAUGAACAAUGGAGGUAGUUGGGGGGGGGCAGAGG